ACGGCCCCUCCCCCUUUUCUGCUUCUUUUUUCCGUAGCAGCUUGUAGCUAAACUCUGGGACGCUUUCUCUUGCAAUGAAGCUUCUAAUAGCCGUGGCUCUGCCUCUGUUGGCUAUUGGGCUCUCCCGUCCAGGCUUUGGGCAGACUAUAAACGAUGGAUCGGGUGAUGGUUCCGUUAGAGUUGAUAGAGUGGAAUUCCAUUACAGCUACGAGAAUGUCUUUAUGAACAUCUUCUUUAACAACUUGAUGGAGAAUCCAUUUUUGAGUUACGAUGACUACCAGUCAUUUGAUAGCAGCAUGUCUGAUGUGCCAUGCUUUUUGAACCAACUUAUUUUCAAAAACAGGGACACUAAUGAAACAUACCAGGCUGAAUACACGGGUACCUGCAAUUCCGACGCUGUUAACUCUAUUCGGAUCGACAUGAAUCCUAGAGAUUAUUUCAGGCUAGUUUCAGACGAGUUUCUUGACACCACUUUAGAAACUAUACCCUUGGAAAUGUACACUGCAGAUAUGCUUGGAGCUCCUUUCAACAUUCGCAUAGAAUCAAAUGACACCGUUGAGUGUGACUUGAUAUGGAAUCGUUAUAGCUUCGUAGGUAUUAAUGAGCUUGAUUAUUUGGCCGAUGAGGGAAUCAUUCUUCUUCAUUUAAAUACGUUAAUUGAUGUUUCUACCGUCGAUCCCAACAUGCUAUCGCUCUCUCGCGAUUCCUUUCGAGAUACAAACAACACUAUUAACAUGACUGACAGUGAAGUACUGAACCUGUCGCCUGGCUUAACAACAACUAUAGCUAUCCAGCUGACUCUUUCUGACCGAGAAGUUGUUGCGAGCAAAGAAAUAUGCACUAGGCUUGACAAUCAAGACUGUUACCUUGUCAUUGAAUCUGGAUUUGCUGCUGCGUAUUUUGGAGAAGAGGUUUCUCCCAAUAGUGGCUAUCAGAUCAAUAAUAUCCAGAGAGCCCCCACAGAUUCAGACCCAGUGACUGUGUCCAUUCAGCUGGAGUAUGUCGGUGGGUUGGCUGUGGACAUGACUCUCAUUUUUGGUCAGCCAUUCACAGUUCGAUCUUUUAUCGGGGAGAGGAUCAUCAGUGUGAUGUGUAUGAGCAGAGACACUAGCCAACAUGUGAACCCCAUGCUGAACAUUGACAAUGGUGCAGUGUCUAUUCUACCUAACUACAUCCAGAAUGAUUGGCCCAACUCCACCACCUUGAAUGCACCCAGGGGGCUAGCUGAGUCUGGUCUGCAAGGUUACUACACGUGCAGGACAGAGGGUGACACUUUCUUUAGCCCUCACCUUCUGCAUUCCAAUGUCUAUCAAAUAUUUUACUACCAAGGAGCCUCUGCUACAGCUGAUGUAUAUGAAAAUAUUGUACUCCGCUUUGCACAUGGAAACUUUUCUGGCACUUUUGACAAUGAUCGGUUCCUUGUGCAAGCCAGUGCAUAUGACCAGGCUGCUUUUGAGUACCGUUUCGAAAUAAACACACCAUUUUUGUACCAUUCUGAGCUGCACAUCAACAGGACCCGGUUUGAUUAUGAGGGAGAGUAUGUUAUCUCAUACGAUUCUUUUUUCCUACAACCAAGCUUUGUUAUCAAUGUCAACGAACCUGAACUCACUAUCUACCCACCGGUCCUGACUGUGCUCAGCUCUGGCACUCCCGAUACAACCGCCUCUCUCACUUGUACCUCUGAUAAUACAAAUGUUCCUGUGCUCUUCCCUGGAGAUUACACCUCUCUAGGCAUUACGUCUACCUACCUGGAUGACACCAACAGCUCUGUGAGAUUGGAUUUUGAGCUAAACGAAAGCAUUAUUAGCAUGCUAGAGGGGACUGAGUUUAUCUGUGCGGCCAUGGACCCAGAUGACUUUAAUUCCACUGUGUCAACGGGCAGCUCCACCUUCAGAAGAGUGUCAGAUUCGUUGUCUCUCUUUGCGAUUGAGCCAGACAGUAGUCGUGAGCAAGUUAUGGAUGGGGUGACAGUCAAUACAACCAGCUCGUUUGAAUGUCUGUUGUAUAUCAAUCCUACACGAACAGAUUCUGGGACCAUCGCUGGGACGUUGUUCUGGAGAAUUAACCAAGAGUCCAAAGACGAAAUUGAGUUCAAUUCAGAUGUGAAUGAUGAGGAGUUUAUAGUCACUACACUCGAGAAUAGUAUCACUCUAAAUAUUCUCCUCGGCGAUUUUAUUGGAAGCGUUUCAUGUGUCCAUGGCGACGACAGCGUAAAGAUCAACGUUGUCACUAAAGCUCUGGUGCCAGGUGUCGACUUCAUUCCUUUUAUCUUCCCCGAAGAUGCUGUGGAAUUGUUUGAUAAUGAUGAUGGAUGUUCACAGCGGAUUUACUCGAGCACUGGAAUUCCCUUUGGAGCAGAAACACACCAAUACGUUCAUAUCUGCACGAAUGGCAUGCUGACUGUUGGCACUCCACCUCUCUCUCUCCUCACAGCACUGGAACGAUUCCCUACAUCUGAUGCAAGGAUCAGCCAAUCAAAUUUGCUCGCUCCAUUCUGGAAUGACCACGAUGGUCGUGAUCCCACCUCCAAUGUGGGGUACAGAGUAUAUGGUGCCGGUGAUCCUGAUGGUUUUAUGAAUAUUGUUGGCUCUUUUGUCACAAAUCGUGUCAGUGUUGAACUUGAUGAUAAGUUUGAACCCACCUGGAUGCUAGUAGCCUCCUGGAGGGACGUUCCUCCGUAUCCUCACACUGCAAUAGACAGAGGAAGAAAUUCGUUUGAAGCCAUUAUCAUAACUGAUGGUGUAGUAACGUUUGUUGUCUACACAUAUAACUGUGAUGAUCUGCAAUGGGGUCAGUCGCAGGAUGGUGACUAUUCUACCAUCGGCUACAACAUCAAUCCAGCCUCAUUUUUCGGCAGCGAUGAAUUCUCUUCUUUCCACGAUCAUCAAAUUUCUAACUUACCUAUGAGCGAGAUGAUUGGAUGUUCUAGCCUUGCUAGAGGAUCACGUUUUCAUAAUGAGGCGUAUUUUGUCGGUCGAUCCGUGAAUACCACGCAAUCUGCACGUGCAGAAUGUGCCAGAAUAAUCAACAACGAUACCUUGUAUAAUGACGUCAUCGAUGCGACUACAGUAGUGAAUGAAUGCCCUUGCAACUUGGCUCAAGCAUCAUUAGACUUCGCUUAUAGUCCUAUGGAUAUGUUUGAGUUGACAUUGGACCCUGUGUAUGCUCGCCAGUUCUGUGUGACUCCAUCGUUCGCACAGACAAACACCAUUCUCUGUUGUUAUAGAGGACGAAGUGGAUCACUCAACAAUGUCCGUGGUAUCAGUGGAGUGGUGGCGUACAGUCCUAGCUUCUUCCCAAGACAGUUCCUUGAUAAUGAUUACAAUUUACGGAGCAUAUGCAGCAUAGGAGGUGAAAUUGAAACCAGGUACAGGACUAGACGACCUCCAGUGACCUGCACCACGUAUUCCCCACCAAGAAGAACCUUCUGUACGGGUGAUCCUCAUCUCACCAACCUUGAUGGAGCUAAGUUCACAUUCAACGGUUGGGGAGAGUAUAUUCUACUGGAGUUGGAGACUGCUAACACCACGUUCUGGGUGCAAGCUCGUAUGCAACCAAUUGUUGGUUCUCUGGCUACUGAACUAACGGCUUUUGCCUUCGCUAUGAGCAGGGACACUCCUGUUGAAAUACGCCUGAAUGCAACUAGACAGCUUGAGAUCCUAAUCAGUGGAGAAGAUGUAACGGACCAGCUGGUCAACGUCAGCUCUUCUAUAUCCACUGAUUUCUAUUCUGUGUCUCGAAGCAGUUCCAAUUCCAUUCUAGCCACGUUCCCGAAUGGAAUGGGAUUAAUGGUGAACCUUGCGAGCAUGCUCACCUUCACAGUCAUCAUCCCUGAUGCCUUCCGUGGACUAACUAGAGGAAUGGUUGGGAACUACAACGGUAAUGUCACUGAUGAUGUUGUAUUCCGAAACGGAACUAUGGUGCCUAUUAGUGAAUUCUCCUUUCGGAUACUUCAUCAAGUGGGACUGUCAUGGCAAGUGAAUGCUUCAGAGUCUCUCUUCACUUACCCUGAGGGCUUGGCUACUGAAGACUUUGCUGUCCUUGACCACGAUCCACCCUACCUGGAUGAAGUGGUAGCAAAUGCAUCAGCAGAAGUGCUUCAAAUGUGUGGAGACAAUGUCGAGUGCAUUUUUGACUCCAUAGAAACAGGGGAUAUCAAUAUCGGCGUUGAAACCAUGACUAUUAUUUCCCAAAUCGAUGAAGAUGAGAUGCAAGCAGCCAACUUCCCUCCCAUGAUCAACGGUCCUGACAGCCUCUAUGUUACGCUGGGGGAAGAGGCUGUACUGGUGUUCAAUGUGACUGAUGACAAGGGCAUUAUCAACGUUACACUGGUGGACGGACUGCCAGCUAGGGCCACUCUACUGCCUACCCCCAAUGGAAAUUUUACUGUGGAGUACACCUUCAGGUUGCAGCUUGAUACGAUUGUCGAUCUUUCUCUCGUGUUUUUGGCGACUGAUGAGCUGGAUGCUGGGUCAACUCUGGAAGUGCAGAUUGUAAUCUGUGCUUGUGAGAAUAAUGGCAACUGCACACUGGAGGGAGUGGUGGACCAGAGUGCCAGUACUGUCGUCUCCAACUGUGUAUGCCCUCAAGGUUGGGAGGGUGACUUCUGUGAGGCUGACGUUGACGGCUGUGCCAACUUUGACUGUUUCAUGGGUGUGGAUUGUGUGGACAUCCCUGCUCCAGGAGUGGGGGCAAUGUGUGGUCCAUGCCCUCAAGGGUAUCUUGGAGACGGGUCAAAGUGUGCCGAUAUCAACGAGUGUAACAGUACCCAUGGCUGUGAUCAUCUGUGCGUCAACCAACCAGGAAGCUUCGAGUGUGCCUGUUACCCUGGUUACGAGCUCUUCAACCAAACAGAAUGUAGAGACGUUGACGAGUGCUCAUUGCUCAAUGGUGGUUGUCAUCAGAUCUGCACCAACACUAUUGGAGGGUUUAAUUGCAGCUGUAAUGAAGGGUACACCAUCAACACCGACAACAGAACCUGUCAAGUUGACCCGGUAGCGAUGUGUGAUGCUAGUAACAGCUGUGUCCAAUCAUGUGUGAGUUUAUUCGGAGUGGAAACAUGUGGCUGUCUCCCUGGUUACGAACUGGCGCCCAAUGGAAUGAAUUGCACAAAUAUCAACGAAUGUCAGGAGAAUCCGUGUGAGCAGAUCUGCACUGACUUGGAGGGAGGUUAUGAAUGCUCGUGUCGUGAGGGAUACCAGCUGUUGCCUGGGGGGAGAUGUAUAGAUAUCAACGAGUGUUUGGUGGCAGCUUUGGACAUAUUUGGCCCUGACCUUUGUGAACCCUCCAUGUUUUGUGUAAACGUUGAGGGUAACUACAGCUGUGAGUGUCCGGCUGGUACACUACUAGUGGAGGGAGUGUGUGAAGCUGCUCUGGUGCCAGGUGUCGACUUCAUUCCUUUUAUCUUCCCCGAAGAUGCUGUGGAAUUGUUUGAUAAUGAUGAUGAAUGUUCACAGCGGAUUUACUCGAGCACUGGAAUUCCCUUUGGAGCAGAAACACACCAAUACGUUCAUAUCUGCACGAAUGGCAUGCUGACUGUUGGCACUCCACCUCUCUCUCUCCUCACAGCACUGGAACGAUUCCCUACAUCUGAUGCAAGGAUCAGCCAAUCAAAUUUGCUCGCUCCAUUCUGGAAUGACCACGAUGGUCGUGAUCCCACCUCCAAUGUGGGGUACAGAGUAUAUGGUGCCGGUGAUCCUGAUGGUUUUAUGAAUAUUGUUGGCUCUUUUGUCACAAAUCGUGUCAGUGUUGAACUUGAUGAUAAGUUUGAACCCACCUGGAUGCUAGUAGCCUCCUGGAGGAACGUUCCUCCGUAUCCUCACACUGCAAUAGACAGAGGAAGAAAUUCGUUUGAAGCCAUUAUCGUAACUGAUGGUGUAGUAACCUUUGUUGUCUACACAUAUAACUGUGAUGAUCUGCAAUGGGGUCAGUCGCAGAAUGGUGACUUUUCUACUAUCGGCUACAACAUCAAUCCAGCCUCAUUUUUCGGCAGCGAUGAAUUUUCUUCUUUCCACGAUCAUCAAAUUUCUAACUUACCCAUGAGCGAGAUGAUUGGAUGUUCUAGCCUUGCUAGAGGAUCACGGUUUCAUAAUGAGGUGUAUUUUGUCGGUCGAUCCGUGAGUACCACGCAAUCCGCACGUGCAGAAUGUGCCAGAAUAAUCAACAACGAUACCUUGUAUAAUGACGUCAUCACUGCGACUACAGUAAUCAAUGAAUGCCCUUGCAACUUGGCUCAAGCAUCAUUAGACUUCGCUUAUAGUCCUAUGGAUAUGUUUGAGUUGACAUUGGACCCUGUGUAUGCUCGCCAGUUCUGUGUGACUCCAUCGUUCGCACAGACAAACACCAUUCUCUGUUGUUAUAGAGGACAAAGUGGAUCACUCAACAAUGUCCGUGGUAUCAGUGGAGUGGUGGCGUACAGUCCUAGCUUCUUCCCAAGAGAGUUCCUUGAUAAUGAUUAUAAUUUACGGAGCAUAUGCAGCAUUGGAGGUGAAACUGAAACCAGGUACAGGACUAGACGACCUCCAGUGACCUGCGCCACGUAUUCCCCACCAAGAAGAACCUUCUGUACGGGUGAUCCUCAUCUCACCAACCUUGAUGGAGCUAAGUUCACAUUUAACGGUUGGGGAGAGUACAUUCUACUGGAGUUGGAGACUGAUGACACCACGUUCUGGGUGCAAGCUCGUAUGCAACCAAUCACAAAUUCUUCGGCUACUGAACUAACGGCUUUUGCCUUCGCUAUGAGCAGGGACACUCCUGUCGAAAUACGCCUGAAUGCUACAACAAGACAGCUUGAGAUUCUAAUCAGUGGAGAAGAUGUAACGGACCAGCUGGUCAACGUCAGUUCUUCUAUAUCCACUGAUUUCUAUUCUGUGUCUCGAAGCAGUUCCAAUUCCAUUCUGGCCACGUUCCCGAAUGGAAUGGGAUUAAUGGUGAACCUUGCGAGCAUGCUCACCUUCACAGUCAUCAUCCCUGAUGCCUUCCGUGGACUAACUAGAGGAAUGGUUGGGAACUACAACGGUAAUGUCACUGAUGAUGUUGUAUUCCGAAACGGAACUAUGGUGCCUAUUAGUGAAUUCUCCUUUCGGAUACUUCAUCAAGUGGGACUGUCAUGGCAAGUGAAUGCUUCAGAGUCUCUCUUCACUUACCCUGAGGGCUUGGCUACUGAAGACUUUGCUGUCCUUGACCACGAUCCACCCUACCUGGAUGAAGUGGUAGCAAAUGCAUCAGCAGAAGUGCUUCAAAUGUGUGGAGACAAUGUCGAGUGCAUUUUUGACUCCAUAGAAACAGGGGAUAUCAAUAUCGGCGUUGAAACCAUGACUAUUAUUUCCCAAAUCGAUGAAGAUGAGAUGCAAGCAGCCAACUUCCCUCCCAUGAUCAACGGUCCUGACAGCCUCUAUGUUACGCUGGGGGAAGAGGCUGUACUGGUGUUCAAUGUGACUGAUGACAAGGGCAUUAUCAACGUUACACUGGUGGACGGACUGCCAGCUAGGGCCACUCUACUGCCUACCCCCAAUGGAAAUUUUACUGUGGAGUACACCUUCAGGUUGCAGCUUGAUACGAUUGUCGAUCUUUCUCUCGUGUUUUUGGCGACUGAUGAGCUGGAUGCUGGGUCAACUCUGGAAGUGCAGAUUGUGAUCUGUGCUUGUGAGAAUAAUGGCAACUGCACACUGGAGGGAGUGGUGGACCAGAGUGCCAGUACUGUCGUCUCCAACUGUGUAUGCCCUCAAGGUUGGGAGGGUGACUUCUGUGAGGCUGACGUUGACGGCUGUGCCAACUUUGACUGUUUUAUGGGUGUGGAUUGUGUGGACGUCCCUGCUCCAGGAGUGGGGGCAAUGUGUGGUCCAUGCCCUCAAGGGUAUCUUGGAGACGGGUCAAAGUGUGCCGAUAUCAACGAGUGUAACAGUACCCAUGGCUGUGAUCAUCUGUGCGUCAACCAACCAGGAAGCUUCGAGUGUGCCUGUUACCCUGGUUACGAGCUCUUCAACCAAACAGAAUGUAGAGACGUUGACGAGUGCUCAUUGCUCAAUGGUGGUUGUCAUCAGAUCUGCACCAACACUAUUGGAGGGUUUGAUUGCAGCUGUAAUGAAGGGUACACCAUCAACACCGACAACAGAACCUGUCAAGUUGACCCGGUAGCGAUGUGUGAUGCUAGUAACAGCUGUGCCCAAUCAUGUGUGAGAUUAUCCGGAAUGGAAACAUGUGGUUGUCUCCCUGGUUACGAAUUGGCGUCCAAUGGAAUGAAUUGCACAAAUAUCAACGAAUGUCAGGAGAAUCCGUGUGAGCAGAUCUGCACUGACUUGGAGGGAGGUUAUGAAUGCUCGUGUCGUGAGGGAUACCAGUUGUUGCCUGGGGGGAGAUGUACAGAUAUCAACGAGUGUUUGGUGGCAGCUUUGGACAUAUUUGGCCCUGACCUUUGUGAACCCUCCAUGUUUUGUGUAAACGUUGAGGGUAACUACAGCUGUGAGUGUCCGGCUGGUACACUACUAGUGGAGGGAGUGUGUGAAGCUGCUUUGGUCUCGGCAACUUGUGGCAACGGCACUAUAGAAGGAACUGAUGUUUGCGAUGACAACGACACUACAACUGGCGAUGGUUGCAACGACACUUGUCAAAUUGAAACAGGGUACUCGUGCGAUGGAGAGCCCUCGAUUUGUGUCCCUGUAUGUGGAGAUGGGUUGAUAAUAGCUCCUGAAAGUUGCGAUGACAACGAUAAUAUGACUGGCGAUGGAUGUAACGAUAUUUGUCAAAUGGAGGUAGGAUUUGAAUGCAGCAGUGGUGAACCCUCUAUGUGCUAUCCUAUCUGUGGUGAUGGACUGAUACUUGGCACAGAACAAUGCGAUGACAACAACACUAUAACUGGCGAUGGUUGCAACAACACUUGUCAAAUUGAGACAGGAUACUCUUGCGAUGAUGGAGAGCCCUCAAUCUGUGGCUCUGUAUGUGGAGAUGGAAUACGAAUUAUUGAAUUUGAAGAAUGCGAUGAUGGUAAUCUUAAUCCGAGUGAUGGUUGCUCGGAGACUUGUCGUGUUAUUUUGCUCGAUUUAAACAUUCCUGAUAACACAACGCUGAGUUAUAAUAAUGAAUACUUCGAGUUGAACGAAGUCGUGUUUCUAUUCGACCCAAAUAAUACGAAUCUCUCGUCAUUCUUUCUAUCAGAGGAUGGAGGAAACUGGACACGUCUGUACUUGGUGGUUUUGAAUGGAGUGGAGUCUAUCGACGUUUCGGUGGAUAUUUAUCCGACCGAAGCAAUGGCUGCAGGACGAACACCUUUCUACUUUGCUCGAAGCAGAUCAAUAUUCCAAAAUGACCCUCAGGGCCGCCUCGCUGGUCUGGACAUUGAUGCUACCGAGGUUGUGGCUGGAAUGGAGUUUACUGGAGAUGACGAGACUUCACCUGACGGAGAUGAGCAAUUCAGCAGACAGGAAAUUGCAGCUGCCCUGGACUCUAUCGGAUACAUUGCCAGGGAACACCCUGACUAUGUGCCAAGGGAGGUCUGUGUUAUUGCCCGAGAUGGACUGUACUCCUCAACGGCUUGUGUCACUCUCUACUUCAUUGGUCGCAACGAUGACCCACCAGUUAUCAGUUACACACCAAACACGACUGUUCAGUUUGUAGAGGGACAGAGAGACUUCAUACAGAUCGUGGCAGGCUCUCUGAUUGUCACUGAUCAAGAUCAUCCCACAAGAUACUUAAUGAUGUCUGCUAGAGUGGUGAUUAUGGGCUUCGUGUCAAGUUACCCCGAGCAACUGUCAGUCACAUACGAGCACCCAGACUUCAACUACAACUUUGACCCUAGCAAUGGUGAGCUGACCAUCAAUGGCAAUGGAACAGCUGACCUCUACUCGCAACUGCUGGCCAACAUUACCUACCACAACAAUAUGACCGAGCCUACUGGAGAUACUAGAACUAUUGGAGUGAUUGUUUCUGAUGGAGUGCAUGACAGCAACGAGCAGUUCAUCACCGUGGAUAUUGUCAAUGUCAAUGAUGCUCCUGUCGUUUCAUUGGACGGCUCUGCUCCCAUGGUAACUGAGGCCACAGUAACGUACACUGAGCGUGAUGGGGAGAGUGAAGUAGUCCGUCAACUAGUAGUCAUCGACACCGACCCCUUUGCUAUGAUUCAGAGGGCCACAGUGACACUAACGAAUGCUGUUGACGUAGAGUUUGAAUCAAUCACUAUCAGUGCUAAUCUCACCGGACUAGGCCUAGAUCUCGACAACACCACCUCAAACAGAUUGGAGGUGACUGGAGUUGCAACUCAGGAGGUGUACUCAGUUAUACUCAGGAGCUUGACGUAUCGCCAUGAUGAUUCCAACCCAGGCAACCCCACACAAGAACCAGCAAGGAUUGUUGAGUUUUCAGUAGAGGAUGAGACCAACACGACCAGUGCCACUAGUCUACUGACCAUCCUCAUCACUCCAGUCAACGAUGCUCCCGUCCUCUCAUUCGUGUCUGACCCAGCACUGAGGAACGGUCCACUGGUUCAGGAUGGAGAAACAGAGUCCACCUUCAUGUAUCUUGAGGAUGACCAACCACUCAUCAUUGGCAUGGACAUAUACCUCAGAGACGUGGACUCUAACAUCUCAUCUGUCACAAUCCAUGCCACUGGACUGGUUGACGGACUGCAAGAUCGCCUGCUCUUCCCUAGUCUAUAUGACAUCACUCUGAAUGUAACCGAACUGGGUGAUGGUAACAGAUCCAUUGUCCUCAGUGGAGAGGCCACUCCACAAAUCUAUGAGCAGGUCCUCCGUACAUUGUCCUACCAGAACGGGUACACUAAUAACUCAGUGACUGACGGGCGCAGGACCAUCGCUAUAGUGGCCGAGGACACUAUGGGCGUACGCAGUGGAGUCAUGUACAUUGUCACCAAUAUCUUUGUCAUGGAUCGCAAUGAUGGACCCGCUGUGGACCUGGGCAAUGGAGUGAAUGUUGAUCACACUAUCACGUUCACAGAGGGUGGCUCUAGCAUCCCCAUCACUCAGACCUUCCUAGCCUCUCUCACUGAUGAGGAGGGACAUAACAUCUCACGAAUGACCGUUGAACUAACCGCAGUCAAUGGACUUCUCGAUUCAGAAGAAGCUUUGUUUUUUCGAACACCCAAUCCUCUCCAAGCUGAAUUUCUUGGCUAUAUCGAUGAACAAUUAAGUACUUAUAUUAUUUCUCUAACUGUGAAUGCAUCGGUAUCAUUGUACCAAGAAGCUCUCACUUCAAUAUUCUACCUUAAUGCUCAGGAAGAACCUUCUGUGUAUAAUGCUAGCACUGGGAAUGAUCGAUUGAUUCGCAUCAUAGUCAUUAAUAUCACUGAUGCUAACUAUAUUGAUCCUAACACUGAUCCGGCUGAUGCAACUGACGCAGAUAUGGGCGUCAGUACGACCACUGUUCGAAUUGGAGUUGAAAUAGACACUAUAAACGAUAACAGACCAAUGAUUUUGAUUCGUAGUGAUCCGGAAAGUUGCUCAACUGAUUCACGCGACAGUGCCGAGGCUGACAUGGCUGGAACCAGACGAAGAAGAGAUAUUAGGUCAGUCUCAAGAAUACAGAAGAAGUCGAUACUAUUGAACUCUAAGAAGGACCUCACUGUCGUUAUGGCACCCAAGAUUGUCUCUGCCGUUCCAGUCUUCACUAGCACCACACUCUCGUCCACCAAGUGCUUACAACAAGUCACUGUCACAUUCAAUACAGACACCAACGCUCCCAUUGUUGAGAUGCCCUCAGUCAUUGGUGACAUCAUCAGCUUCGAUCCCCCUCACUUGGACUCGGCUAAAAAGUACGGGCAAUGGAUGGACUAUCAGACACUAGUGGUGAUCUUCAUGGGAGACUGUGUGGAGGUGGAGGUGGAGACUACUAGUGGGAAAGCUCGACCAAUCUUUGUUGCCUUUAUGGCUGAGCAAGGUGACUGUGACUGGGACACUCCAUGCACAAGUGGUGUAUGCUUCCGUAACGAGACAGGCUGCCCUAUGGUAACCUACACCCACAUCAGUAUGGGAGAUCAAACUCCACCCACCGCCCCGGGCCCAGCACCAGUGGAGACGACUCAGACCGCGGGGGAUCAACCGCAGUCCCGUCUAAUGGCCCUCCUCUAUAACCUCUGUAUUGCUGCAGUAGUCCUGCUAACUGCACUCCUUGUGGUGUUCACCUGUACCACAGCUUGUAGGAAACGAACUAGAUCUCCGGCCACCAUCAAGCAAGUGGAGAUUUCCCAUCCUACUACACUCAAGCACACACAUGUUCAAGACUUGCCAGUGGUUGUGACCUUUAACCCCUCCAGUAUCGUGACAAAACCAACGACUGUACCUACUCAAGCAAAUCCAACCAAGAGCCGACAACAAGCAGCAAAAAAAUCAAAUAUCACGUCACAGCAAGAAGAUGAGAAUCCAUUGCUGGAAGCUUCUUCUGAAGGUGCAAGAAUACCGAUAUCAGGACAAGCCACUGAUCGAGCAACGAGCAAGAAACGCUCACCUGGGAAGAGAGGAGAGAAACAACAGUCAAAGGCCAAAAGAAAGCCGCCAUUUCCCAAAGAAGGGGAAGAUGUUCCUAAACCUAUUGAAGUGGUCCCAGCUUCAAAUGAGAGACUGCAAGAUGUAGUCACGUCAUGUGAUCACUCGAGCCCUUUCUCAUUGGGGCCGUCUGCUAUUAUACAGUGCAGAAGAGAACAAUGUGUAGAGCAUAGUAAGCACCACCAUCCGUCACAGACCACCACCCUCAAGAAUGGAACACGAGAGAGUGACCAAUCCGUUUAGUGCAGAUUUAGGUUCUAGCUCAUUUUAUCCACACACCUCAUAAUUAUUAUAAAUACUGGCAUUAUAUGAACACUAGCAUUCUGUAUUAUUCUCCGAGCUCUUUUUAAUUUAUUAGCUUUGAUUAAAAUUUCACAUUCCACCAUACUGCAUAAUG